AUGCCUCAACCCCUCAGCACCAAGGAGAACUCCCUCUUUCGGCAAGUCAUCCGCUACUAUGAGGACAAGCAGUACAAGAGGGGCCUCAAGGCCGCCGAGCAGAUCCUCAAGAAGAACCCCAAGCAUGGCGACACCAUGGCCAUGAAGGCCCUGAUCAUGAACCAGCAAGGGAAGACAGACGAGGCGUUCGCCCUGGGCAAGGAGGCCCUGACAGCCGACAUGAAGUCGCACAUUUGCUGGCACGUCUAUGGCUUGCUCUACCGUCAUCAAAAGAACUUCGAAGAGGCAAUGAAGGCUUACAAGUUCGCCUUGAAGCUCGAGCCCGACUCCCAUCAGAUCCAGAGGGACCUGGCCUUCCUUCAGAUUCAGAUGCGCGACUACCAAGGGUACAUCCAGAGCAGAACCUCUAUGCUGCAGGCGAGGUCCCAAGUGAGACAGAACUGGACUGCGCUCGCAGUUGCACACCACCUGGCUGGCGACCUGUCUCAAGCCGAGAAGGUAUUGACGACGUACGAAGACUCCUUGAAGAGCUCGCCCUCCAGGACCGACUACGAAAACUCCGAGGCUGUCAUGUACAAGAACUCCAUUAUUGCGGAGAUGGGCGACUAUCAAAGAGCUCUGGACCAUCUAGAAUCCAUCGCCAAGUACAACCUCGAUCGAUUGGCCGUCCUAGAGAUGCGAGCAGAGUACCUCGCAAACCUGAAAAAGAAAGACGAAGCCAUCAAGGCCUACCGCGCUUUACUAGACCGUAACCCUGAGCACCCCGAGUACUACAAUAAGCUUAUGGAUGUGAUGGGGCUAGAUGCGAACGAUCAGUCGGCACGCAAAGCUAUCUAUGAUGAAUAUGCUAAGAAGAACCCCCGUUGCGAUGGUGCGAAGCGGUUACCUCUGGACUUCCUCACCGGCGACGCAUUCCGGGAAGCAGCUAAGAAAUAUCUGACGUUGAUGUUGGACAAGGGGGUCCCCUCCACAUUCGCGAAUUUCAAGCAUCUAUACGUUGACUCUUCCAAGAAGGAUACCCUGGGUUCCCUGGCACAGGAGUAUCUGGACGCGAAGCGCACGAGCGGAGACACAUCAUCCAGCAAUGGAGACGCACUGAAGGGUGAACCAGCUGGUCUGUACUUCCUGGCUCAGCAUUUCAACUACCAUCUCUCCCGCGAUCUGGCCAAGGCCAUGGAAUUCGUGAACAAAGGAAUCGAGCUGGUACCCGAUAGUGUGGAAUUCCACAUGACCAAGGCUAGGAUAUGGAAGCAUUACGGCAAUACACAGAAGGCGUCAGAGACCAUGGAACAGGCCCGCAAUCUCGACUUGAAAGACCGAUAUACCAAUACCAAGGCUGCCAAAUACCAGUUGCGCAAUAAUGAAAGCGACAACGCCCUGAAAACGAUGGCGCUUUUCACUAAGAACGAUACUCCCGGCGGUCCCAUCAGCGAUCUGCUCGACAUGCAGAGCGUGUGGUACCUUACCGAAGACGGCGAGGCAUCCGUGCGCAACGGGAACAUCGGCCUAGCUUUGAAGCGGUUCCACGCGGUCUACGAUAUUUUCGACGUCUGGCAAGAAGACCAGUUUGAUUUCCACAGCUUUUCCCUGAGAAAGGGUCAGAUUCGGGCGUAUGUAGACAUGAUUCGCUGGGAAGACCACAUUCGCGAGCAUCCGUUCUACACGAGAGCCGCACUGGGGGCCAUUGCAGCCUACCUUGGCAUGUACGACAGCAAACAAAUGGUCAACGGGGUCAAUGGUUCUGCCGAUGCCAGCGGAGACGAGGCCGCUGAGAAAAAAAAGGCCGCGAAGAAAGCCAGGAAAGAAGCGCAAAAAGUUGAACGAGAAGCCGCCGAGAAGGCAGCCAAGCAGGACCCAAACAAGGCCAAAGGAGCUGCCGCAGAGCCCGUCAAGAAGGACGAUGAUCCGAACGGCCUUAGGCUUGCCGCAACGACUGAGCCGCUAGUUGUAGCCACUAAAUUCCUGGCGCAUAUUCUCGAAUUCAGUCCGAAGAACAUCGAUGGACAAGUUGCCGGGUUUGAGGUGUAUCUGAGAAGAGAAAAAUACCUGCUCGCUCUGCGAUGUCUAACCGCCGCUCAAGCCAUCGACGCGAGCAACCCCGCCGUCCACGAGCAAGCAGUGCGAUUCCGCCAAGUACUCAACUCAAAGCUGUCGUCUCUGCCGAGCAAGGUUGCCGAUGUUGCGAAAUCUGACUUUACUGCCAUUGACGCUUCGACAGACUUGAAGAAGUACAACGUCGACUUCCGAGACAGGCACAAGGACAGCGCACCUCAUGUCGUAUCUGCUACCAAGGCCAGCAAGUUCCUAGGAGAAGACCAGAAGAAAUGCGAGAAAGACUUGCGCGGAGUGCUCGACCUGGAGAGUGCGAACUACGAGACAGCAGCAGAGGCGUUGGGGUUGCUUAUGCAAUGGCGCAGCAGCGAGGCAGAUGCGUUUAAGAAAGCUGCAUACGACAAGUGGCCGGAGGUCACAAUCUUUGCGUCGUAA